CUCAGUGCCUACCUUCUCACACGCAAGGUAGGGCACACUGCUCUGGUCUGCCAGAGCACACACACCUACACACACCUACACAUACACACCUAUACACACCUACACACACACACACAUACACACUUAUACACACCCACCCUCUCUCUUCCCGGCACCGUGAGCAACCUCUCACCAUUGGCCAGGUCCCCUAGCCCUCAGCAUCUCCAUCACGGCUGAAGGGACCAUUCAAGAAAACAGGAGACAGAGGUGGACUAUGAGGAUGUUGGAGGGGCUCAUAUUGGGACUCUUCGUCCUCAACGCAGUGGUGGCCAACCCCAGAUUUGCCCGGCAGGUGGAUUUCGACACAUACGACAGCGCCAACUAUGAUGUGGAUCUAGAAAACUUGAAUUUGGAGAAUCCGAAUGUCUUUGAUUAUCAAGAUGGACUGACUAUUGACGAACCUCAGAUAGAGAUUGGCACACUGGCCCCACUGGAUUAUAACUACCCUGGCCCUGGUGGCCCUGCAUCACUGGAGGAGGAAGAGGAGGACGAGUUGCCCCUAACACCCCAGCUCAUCCCCCAAGGCUCAGGGGGGUCUGGGGUACUCAUGGGCCCCGACGCACAGGGAGAGGAGGAGCUGCGCCUGAGUCCCAUUGACAUUCUUCAUAUCUCCGGGGACUUUGGGGGUCCCAUGGGUUCUGGAGGUUCCGGUGGCUCUGGGGUUUCCGGAGGUUCUGGGGGUUCUGGAGACCUUUUGGCUUCCGGUUCUGGGGACCUUUUGGCUUCUGGAGGCACAGGGGGUUCCAGGGAAAUUGGUUCAGCAGGUUCUGGGGAUCUUGGUUCUGGGGGUUCCAGGGUCCUUGGUUCCGGAGACUCUGUGGGUUCCGGAGACUCUGUGGGUUCCGGGGACCUUGGAUCCGGAAGCUCUGUGGGUUCCGGGGACCUUGGAUCCGGAGGCUCUGUGGGUUCCGGGGACCUUGGUUCUGGACGCUCUGGGGGUUCUGGGGACCUUGGUUCUGGAGGCUCUGGGGGUUCCGGAGAUCUUGGUUUCCGGGGCUCUGGAGGAUCCGGCACCCUCCUAGGCUCAGGGGGUUCCGGGGUCAUAUUGGGUUCCAGUACUGGGGGUUCUGGAGGUUCUGGAGGUUCCGGGGACUCAGGAAUAAUAAUUAUAUCUGGAGAGGAGGAGCUGCCCCUCAUUCCUGACACUACCCCCCAAGAGGCAUCGGGUGCUUCUGGGGAGUCUGGGGCCUCUGGCACCUCAGGGGCCUCAGGGCCUGGGGACUCCGACUCUGGUGGGUCAGAGGUCACAUUAAUCCCUGACCCUGAAGAGGAGGAAGUGCUCCUGACUACUCCGAAAACCCCUCAGGAGUCUGGAGGUACAGUAGGCUCAGGGGGCUCUGGGUUGCCAGAGGUUGACUUGGACAUUAAAGGUAUGCCUACCUGCCUGCUGUGCACCUGUCUGGGUGGUUCUGUCUACUGUGAUGAUGUGAAGCUGACGAGCGUGCCGCCUCUCCCCAAAGAGACCACUCACUUCUACGCCCGCUACAACCACAUCACCAAGAUCAACAAGGGCGACUUUGCUCAGAUGAACAAGCUGAAAAGGAUCGACUUGACCGCCAACGAGAUUGCAUCCAUCGCCGAUGAUGCGUUCUCCGGCCUGCCCGUGCUGGAGGAGCUGGUGCUCCGUGAGAAUGGCGUGUCACAGCUGCCUGCCCUUCCGCCCGUGAUGACCCUCAUCGACGCCAGCCACAACAACAUUGGCGCCACAGGCAUCCACAAAGAGGCUUUCAAGGACAUGACGGGUCUGCUGUACCUGUACCUAACAGACAACCACAUCGACCACAUCCCUGUGCCCCUACCGGACAGCCUGCGCUCUCUGCACCUACAGCGCAACAAUAUUCAGAUGAUACACGAGGACACGUUCUGCAACCUGAAAGACUUCAACUACAUCAGGAACGCACUGGAGGACAUUCGCCUGGACGGCAACCCCAUCAACCUCAGCAGGACCCCACAGGCCUAUGUGUGUCUGCCCCGCGUCCCCAUCGGAGCCCACAUCUAACCACACACUGAUCAAUACACACGCAUCUUUACACAGCUAAACUCAUUGUCUACGAGACAUAUGUACAUACCAUACACACACACAUCCUAAAAGUUGUCCAGUCUGUCAGUUCAUUUGCAAUCUGCACAUACAGUAAUCACCGGAACACACUACCUACCUUCCCUAAAUUAAGUCUGAUCAGUUGUUGAUCGCAUACAUAACACACAGUGAGAGAGAUGGUGCGUAUCUCUCAUUCCUACACACACACACACACACACACACACACACACACAAAUACACACCAGAUAUAUUUUUGUCAAAAGCCAAACUGUUCAGCAACUUGAAGCAAACAAAAAGACAAUGAAAAUGUGACAUUUUAUUGAUCCAACAAUCGAACAUUGUUUCAUGUCUGUUCAUGACUGGCAACGACAACCAGUAAUAUUGUUUAAAUAUGUUUUUGUAAAGGAAAAAAAAUUAUAUUACAGAAAUCUAACACUAUUUAAAAAAACAAUUAUACUAGCAUAAACGAAUUGAAGCUUACUGGAACGCUAAUUUGAAUACCAAUGCAUUAAAAGAAGCAAUUAAACAAGCAUCUGUAAAGUCUGUACUGUAAUAUAAAAAUAUAUUCUGAAGUCACUUUUUUUUACAUGAACUGCAAUAUUUGGCAUAUUACAUUUCAGUUCUUGUUAUGACCACAAUAGCCUAUAUCAAUAAAGAUCAAGACUAUUGUAUGACCAAGGGGGAGGGGGGGGUGUUGGGUGUGGAUGGGGUUAACAAGAAGAAACAGCCUGCUAUUGUGUGCUUUGUAUGGAAAUACCACAAUUGAAUAAAGUUGUUUUGAUGACCUCAA